UGUCACCGGGAUUUCUACAGAAAUUUCUGAGAGAGCUGGAGUUAACUUAAGAGAACAUAGAACAAAAAAUGGAACUGCUGAGCCCAGCUUUGGGUUGCAGUGUCAUUUCCUGACCUACUGCUGUAAAAUAAUGAAUGAGCUGCUUGAUUCUAGACCACUUCUUAUCUGUGCUGGGUCCAGUGUUUUACUGGAAAAUCCCAAACAUACCAUCUCAAAGGGAGCUAAACCCUGUAGCUGCAGGCAGUUUACUGAGUAUGAACUGCAGCAGGAUUCAAUACAUUAUGUAUGGAUCAGCCCUCUGGAAUUGCACAUGCAUGUAAGUUAUGCCUGUAGGAAAACAGUAAUUUUAAACCUCCUUCUUCCCCACCUCUUGGACCUCACUUGUGUUAAAUAUUAACAAACAUGGUUCAUCAGUUCCCUGGUUCACUUGGCUUCUUUUAACAACAGAUGUUAUUACAACAACUCUGCCUACCUCCCUGCUCCUGUCAGCACAGCUGAUGGUGAAACCCAAGAGUCUGCAGCUGUAACUCAGCCUGCAGAGCCUGGCUGCUGCCCCAGCCCUGUGGCCACCCCUAACUCUCUCCCUAGGAUCACCAAUGCCUCCCACCCUUGGUGCCUGUAACUAGCCAGUGCUGGGAAGGGAAGCACUGGUUGCAGAGAAGCUUUAGUUAAAGGAGACAGAGAAAAGGUGGGAGGGAGCCCAGAGGAAGGUGAGCUCCUGCUGUCAGAGGAGGAGGCAGUGAGGAUGGCCAGCAACUCCAGUGCACUGCCCCGAGUGACUUUCCAGACGCCAGAGAAACCUGGGGAGGAAUCAUCACACAGGAAACUGGGCAAGCUGACCAUAAAGUACAACCGCAAAGACCUACAGCGCUGGCUAGACCUGGAGGAAUGGAUCAACGCCCAGCUGCAGGAGCUGUACCAGUGCCGGCUAAGGGAGGAAACAGAGGCAGCAGCUCCUGAACCACAAAUUGAUCUUGAAGAUCUUCUGGAGGUCCCUAAUGAAGAACAGAAAAUAAAACUACAGGAAAUCCUCCAUGAGUGCUCCAGCCCCACAGAGGACUUCAUCACGGAAUUGCUUAGUCGAUUGAGAGGUCUCCGAAGAGUCACCAAUCCUCAGAAGAAAUGACCUUGCUCACAUGGAAAACCCAGCUUUGGUUACAAGGAAACGUGUAUCUUCCUGACAAAAGCCAGGAUCAGCAAUGGAACUUCUGAGUAUGUUUAGGACUUAUUAUUAUUGAGAAGCUUCACCAAGUUUGUGAACUUUGUACCUGUGGUUUGAAGUCUCCACUCCUUCCAGAUCUACAGCAGAGGGCUAGAUUGUACAUUUUCCUGAUUCUUAAAGAGUGUGUUAACCUGAGGAACAGGACAAGAUGUCCCUCCUUUAGAUUCUUCUAGGAAUUUCCAUGCUGGCCAAGGAGCACUGAAUACAAUUCUCAGGAGCUCAUCAAGACUUCUUUUUUUCAUCCACUGCAAGGAAAACAAGGCAUUGGUUAUCACUCAUUCAUCAACAUGGAAAAUCAGCCACUGUUAAGCUGCACCUCAUUUCAGUCUGGCUUAAACCCAACUGUGAUCUCCUGCCUGUUACUGCUGUACCUUACUCUACAGCAUUGCACAUACUUUGUAACUCUUACUAAGCCUCUGUUAUUUAUGAAGGUUGGACAGAAAAUAUAUGAUAGUUUGUGUGCACCUGGUCUACCUAAGGGGAAGUUUGUGAAACAGCUGCUACAACUAAUGGCUAUUUUUUUUUCCAUUUUGUGGAAUUUAAGACUUAAAACUUACAAGCCUUUUCUAAAGGAACAAGGUCUGGGAAUGAUUUUUCUCCUAGUUCAAAAAGAUGUUGGAAAAAGACUUAUUUAUAUUAAAACAGAGAAAACCAGCCAUGCACUGCUUGAUUUUGCUCUCUCUUUAGAUUCUAAAGAAAAACUGAAGUAAAAAAUACCUGCUCCCAACUUCCCUUCAAGGAGCAUCUUGGAGCAAGUCUUUUGCAGACAGGUAGGUCUCACAAAUGAGCAGUGAAGUAGGACACAGUAUCUCACUGCACAAACUCUUCUGGCUACAACUAGUAUUUGCCUGGAAAAAUACAGAGGAAACUACAUCCAGCCUCUCAGCAAGUCAGUAACUUGACACAUGUGACUAGGAAAUGGAGACUGAUUGCUUAGGCAGCGCGCUCUCACAUUAUGCCCAGUCCCUAUGUUGAUUCCUGCCCACAGCAUCCCAAAAACUCACUUCCUCUCAACCAGGACACUCCACCCUUCGCCUCUGAGAACACACAUUUCUAAAAUUAUUAUCAAAAUUACAUUAAACAAACUUCUACUUAAAACAAUAAAACCUAUUUCCCAAGGUUUCACUACCAAUCCACCUUAACCUAAUACAUGCUUUGCUCUUAUUCCUCUUUGAUCCCAUCUCACAGUUUUACCUUAUCACUCGCCCAAAAUUCGAUUCCUGGUCAGGGGAACCAAAAAUGUCAUGGUUUGAUGCUGGUGCAAUGCCAGUGCCCCCAUGAAAAUACAUUUUCCCUGCUGUCUACUGUGAGAUGUAACCAGCAAUAGAGCAAAGCAGGCUCCAGCUUAGGAAUAAAAGGAAAAAAACUUUAUUGACUUCCAAUAUCUAAAAGAAACACACAGAACUCAGGAUGAAAACCUUCCAAACAUUCCUCCUCCCCCCAACAAAUUUCCAAUACAUCACAGUAAGACAAAACCUUGGAUUCUCAAUUCAGUUACCACCCCUCAGAUCACUAACUCAGUCUAUCACCACCCUUCAGAUAAUCAAUUCUCAGUUCAUCAAGAAGAGAGGAGUCCCUCUUGUACUAUAAGCUUCCCCAGGAAACACAGUUGAGAUCUCUUGUGUUUCCAUGUCACACGUGGCACCGCCUGGAGAUCAUUUUGCAUUGUGACAUCUUCCUUCCAUGCCCAGUGCUCUCACCACUGCGCCUGGACCAGAGCUGCUUCUAGGGUUUUCCUUUUUAAGGGUGCUUUGUCCAGUUCCAAAAAGAGCAGUCUCUCACUUUCAGGACAUCUGUCCCCCCCAAAUUCACCCCCUGGGGCCGAGGGGUCUCGAGAACAGAGAUCCUCUCCUUCACUCAAGAUCGAGGGCACCACCACCCUCCUCACCCGUUGUCUCUGUUCACACACUCCUUCACAUCAUAUCACUGCCCUCUCUUGGCUCCGAGCCAUUGCCUCCCCCUAAAUGCAGUCUCUGUGUCACAGGAAAAAUGGUUCUGUCCAUGGCUAUACAAGAAAAGUCCAGCCAAAGGUCACUCCAUCAUCUCCUCCCACCUAGGAUUCUUCUCAGCUUCUCUUGGACAUCUUUCACUUGCACCAACUUGCAUCACACUUGCCUAUUUCCUGCUAUUCCAUCUCUAUCUCUGUGCUCAUUCAGCUCCAGGAGGAUCAGCAUCUGUAAGGUUUCCAUCAUCCAAGAAAAGGGUUAAAAUAUCAGGCUCUGCCUGUCCAGAACUCCCACGCUGCCCUGCUGGGCACCUUCUCGCCACCCCCCUUCUCCUUCCUGGCAGCCAAGCUGCCCGCACAUGAUAUUGAAUUUCAAGGUGGCACAAGCUCUCUCUUUCUCUCUCUCUCUGGGGAGCUGCCCAAUGUCUCUCAGGGUUCCUCCACCCUUCCAUCCCGCAGGGGCCUUCACCUCCCUUCUCUGUCCCAGGCCUGGCCUACCUCACUCAGACGUUGUGGCUUCCCCUCCCAAGCCCAGCCCGCAGCUGGGCAGAGGAGGUCUGACCUCUUUCACCUAUGGAACCCAAGAGAGCUUCCCCCUGGGAGUUCUCUGGUUUUAACCCCCCUGUGUUCUCAGAGGCGUAUCCAUGUCCUCAGAGGCCACACCAGGUGCCAAUAUUCAAAUCUGAGCACCUAUUGGUUUGACCACAGCAUCCCAAAACCUCACUUCCUCUCACUUGCAAACACAAGAGAUGAGUCUGAGUCACAUGCAGAGGAGCUCCUACAGAGCAGAACAUUCAAGGCCAGCUUUUAAGUAACCUUUUGACUGUUUGGUGAGCCAGGCAGAAGGGACCAACUGUAGAACCAGAUGGGAAUGCAGGUUAGCUAACAAAGACAAACAAGAAUUCUUGGGCUGGACCAGUAAUAUCUUAAAUGCAUUAGUCUUGCCAUCUUUAUCAGUAGCAGAGUGAUGACUUUAAUCUUGUUUUUCCCUCUUAUUUUCCAGCUGUCAGUGAACAAACUGUAGGUUGUGUCCUCUAAGAAGACAAAAUCCAAGCUGCAGUAAUAAUUGUGAUGCCUACUUCCUUUCACAUGCUUUUCUUGUAUCUGACUGGAAGUUGGCAAGCCAUGGACCUCAUGUCUUGUUCUAAGGCUGCUCCAAGAUGUUCUAAGCCUCACCCACUAGGCUGGAGAAAUGGUCUUUCUUUAUCAGGUCCAAUAUAUAUCUUUGGUAGCCCUGGGAACAUGCCAGUUUUGGCUUACUAAGGGGACAGUGGGACAUGCCUACCCUCAUGAAAUCUCAACGUAAUCAGUAAAAUAACAACAAAAACUUAAAUCCAGACCUGCAAUGGUUACAGAUCUGGCUUAUGGAUGACACCUGCUAAGACUCAUGUAACACACCCCUGGAGAAAGGAGAGCAGCGUAUUUACAAAAAGCUCUGAGCACUGGUAAAAAAAGACUAGGAUCAAACAGAAGUUAAGGUGGAAGAGCUACGUGAACAGGACAUGAGGAGAGUGUCCUAAACUAGAGAUGCAAUCAGCUACAGCACAGGAGUUCAGAUUACUUACAUACCCCACUAACAGGCUUUGUUUUAUUCUGCUGAGUUGCAACAGCACAAACACAUGACAUGCUGCUCCUCUGGCCCAAGAGAAAUAGUUUCUUCCCCCUGGGAACUGUUCUGUAUUUCUUCAAUAUGGAGUGAUGCAAAAAGAAUUUUUGUCUGUGCUUUAAGUUAGACAUUGUUAGAAUCAAAGACAAAGCAGGUUCUGAAAUGAAGUUGACUUUCUGCUUAUACUGCAAGUAGCAGGAAAAGAGUAAGCUGCAGACCCUAUCGUGUGCAGUUGGUUCUGAUACAUAAGGAAUUCUGAUACAUAAUGAUACCUGAGAGCACUUCAAUUGAGCACACUGAGAUCAGGGGAGCAAGGCAACAUGUGGCCAGUGGUAGAUGAUUUCUCAGCUUACUGGUGCAAAAGAAAAAGCAAUGUAAUGCAAUCAGAAUAACUUCUUUUUUGUUUCAUUCCUAAACAGUAGUAAAUCACACUUGGUUUGAUUUAUGUUUUGGCUGUUCUCACACUGACCACAAGGAUAGAUUAAAAGCAAUGCUUGAAAAAUUUUUGUUACAAACAUCUUCCAGUUAGCUUUGCUGUUUCUCAGCACCACCACUAGCAUAAGUAUGUAGAUACUAUCUAAGAAUGUUGCUUGAAAGGAACUUUGCCCUCUUGAUUAUACCAAGAUAACCCAAUGUAUGAAAGUUCAUGAGCUUUUCUAAUUUGAAUUUUUGUUGGAGUGGAGUCCACAUUUGACAAUUCACAUAUAAAACAUUUUGAGGGGGAAAGAAAAUCCCUCAUGACUUGCUACAAAGACAAGAGCAAACAAGUUGAAUCUCUUUCUGGAAGAUGCCAAGCUGUCUUCUGUCCUUGAACAGCUAUAACUGAAGUUGAUCUGGCCUGUCAGGAAUUGACUGAUUACCAGUAUCUUUGUUUACCAGCACCUUUUCAAAGACAAGGAUAGGGAGUAACACAGCUAACAGUGCACUGCCCACUUAAAGGUUAUGCAGCAUUCCUCUUUCACAACACAGAUUCAGCUAGGUGUGCUUCCUGCAGACAGCCCAUCUGGAUACCCCUCUGCCCCUCCUACAUGGAGCUCACUGAGGCAACAGCUACAGUGGGAAUGGCUUUUCAGGGGAAAGUGAUUGGGCUACUACUAAAAUGCCCCAUUACAUGCAGAAAGUGCAGCAGCCACAAAAAUGUCCAUUAGUGGUGCAGGGAAAGCAGCAGCUUGUGUCUGUAUGACUUGAAGAGAGUCUUCCAUGUGUGACUAAGUUCUAUUUCAGGUAAUGGGUUGGGUAUAUUUCUGGAUUCCUUGGGAUGGCCCCACAGAAACCAAUUUGGGAAUCUAAAUAAACUGCUUCCGGCUGCAACCUGCUCCAUUACUACGGAUGUGAACAGGGCAGGGCUUACACAACAGAGGCUGCCUAGCUGCAAGGGAGCUCAAAGUUUUGUUGUGGCUGAUGAAGCAUUCAAAAUGUUGCAAGUAUCAUACCAGCUCAUACUAAGAUAUUGAGAAAACCAGCAGCUGUAAAUCAAGAAACAAAAUUCCUAUUAACUUAUUGGGGAAGACACAGGCUGAAGCCGAAAGCAGUGGAUCAAUUUAGGAGAGAAAUAAGAACAGAUAUUUGCACCUUCUCCUCUACACAUGAAACAUGAAGGCUUUAACCUCAGAUAGAACUGGGCUGUCUUACUAUCAGACUAAUUAUCCAUGUCAAAUAGCAAUGAAGAAGGCUCACUCCUAUGAUAACAUAAAUAAAGGACAGCAUUUUGUUUAGAUUUUUAAGACUGCAAGUUCCUCAGGGCUUACUUAAAUAACUUCCUUAAAUUUUGUGUGUCACAGGGUUAAUUGUGAGCUCUUGCAUCAGAACAACUCAAGUAGUUUUCCCAUCUACCUGUCCCAAGGAGACAGGCACUGGUGAAGCAAGGGCCGCCAGGAGAAAGAAGAUCCUCCACAGAAGUCGGGUUUUGCCACCCCUUCCUAAGAAAAGGUUUUCAUGAAUAUGCUUGCCAUUUUUAGUGUGUUAACCUAAAGAAUUACUAUUCUACAUUGUUUGAAUCAGGUUUUUGUUGAAGAGUCUGAUCCAGAGCAACACAUUAGCAGAAACCCAUCUUCAACAGUGGUUUAAUUCAUUUGCUCUCCUCUGACCAGAGGUGCAGGUAAACACUGUUUCAUCACUUCACCUCGGAGGCACUGACCUCCUCCAGGUCAAGGCAGACAGCUGGGAGUGGCAGUGUCAAACCAGACAGGCAAGAUUCACUGGAAAUUCCCUGUCAAAAGCAAAUCCUUGAUUUUGUUGCAAUUGGAAUUUGUCAGCCUUAGAGAGCUCUCUCACAAAUCACAUUAUUUGGAAAGAGCUCAUCCUGAUGGAAUAACAGAGCAUGUUUACAGCCAAUUUACUUGGAUAUUUGAAGCACUUCUGGGUGUUCUGGGCACUGGCAAGUGCCACUUGCAUCUGGAUUGUCUCCCAGGAGAGAUAUGGACAUAUGCAACUGAGCUUCUCUCCUAACCAGAUGAAGAGCAUCACACAGGUAACAUUUUAUCCUACCAGGGGACCAAACAAUAAACAAAGUCAAAUCCUGCUUUCAGACUUGUACACAACUCUUUCAGACUAACAUGUUGCUCUUCCAGAUGACAUGACCUUGACACAGCCACAGCAGGCCACAACACUAUCAGUAGCAGAUUACCUUUUCAAAGGAUCCUUCCUUUCAUGUCAGUGAGCAACACUGCCCUCCAUCUUUUCCAGACAUGCCACAGAAACAUUUUUGAUGACUUCACUAUUCUUCAUUUCUUUCCCUAAGCUGCUUGACACUAGGACUAACAUACCAUUAUAAGAAACCAACACUUUGUUAAGGGCUAUCAGGCAUUUUCAGGAGAGACUUUAACCACAGGCCUCUGUAAAUUAUUUUUAUUAUUCAUUGCAAGUUCCCAUCACACACGUGAUCACAAUGCAGACAUUUUUCUCAGCACAAAGUGUUUUGCUGCCUGUUGAACCAGUGUAUAAGCUGUUAGUAAAAGCAGGAAGUUAUUUAUCAGCCAGUCAGUACUGCUUUAAACACACAUCUUUCCUGCUACCCACAUUGUUUUACCAUCUGUAUUUAUGGAUUUGUAUCCACCCCCUCAUAUCAAGUCCUCAUUUAUCCCCAAGCAUGCACAGCAAACCCUGCACUUCUCAGGUGUAUUUGUGAAGACCAGUCACAUGCCCUCCAAGCCUCUCUCAAAUUACAGCACAUCCUUUAACUGUCCAAAACAUCACCCGUUUUGGCUGCAAAUCCACUUAGAUUCUUCCCAGCUGGCUGGCUCCUCUGUUUUCCCAUUCUCCAGCUCCUCUUCUGCCCAUAAGUGUGGUCACUUCUGUUUGCAAGGAAGAUGAUAGCGUGAGGUGUGGUGAUCCUUCAGGUCAAACUCCUCAUGGCC